AGUGUGUUACCUGGGUUAACAAAAUGGCGACUGGAGGAGUGAAAGAGACUGACAGACUUUCCGAUGAAACUUUUGAUUUACUGUGUUCAGUGUGUAAAAAGAAAAACAAAACUACAGAAGCUGCCAAGUUCUGUGUGGAUUGUCGGGAUUAUUAUUGUUCAACUUGUGUCAAGUUUCAUGAUGACGUUCCUGCUUUAUCCACGCACAAGAUUCUCGAUAGGGGUCAGUUCCAACCAGGGGCUGGCCAGGUGCUACAAAUGGUUCCUACUGAACGCUGUGACAAACACAGUCACAAACAUGUAGACAUGUAUUGUCAGAAACAUGAUGAUGUUGGCUGUUCUACAUGCAUCGCUGUUGAUCAUAAACUUUGUCGAGAUACAUUCUAUAUACCAGACUAUCUGCGAAACAACAAAAACACGUCAGCAUCUAAGAUUAUAAAUCAGAAACUAGAAACCUCAGAGAAACUCUUGACAGACCAACAUGAAAAUUUCAAACAAGAGAAAAAGUACCUGUUGAAAAGUAAACACCUAUGUUUGGAGGAGAUAAAAGAAUAUAGAAAAGAUAUCAACCAAAGGCUUGAUGUGCUGGAGCAGAACUCUGUAAAAGCUCUAGAAGCAAAAUACAAACCAAAGCUGGACAAACUAGAUGAACAAAUGGCUAACAUUCAGAAAACCAAGGUGAAAAUAUCAUCAGUUAAAGAUGACUUAUCAACUGCAGGUAAUAAUGAAUCACAGAUGUUUGUCAGCACAAAGAAAGGCAAAAAUGUUGCCGAUAAUGCAACCAAAUUCAUGGCUGAAAUAAAAGAGGAAAUAAAGGGAGAGGAUAUAAAAUUUGUAUCAGAACCAAAUCUAAUGUCUAUGUUAACAGAACUUAACCAUUUAGGUCAUUUAGAGGAGAUCGAUACCAGGACACAGUCUAAAAAUGAAUGUAAUAAUGAUAGUAAAACACAUCAAAGUACACAAAGUAACAGUAAGAAACAAGCUCCUAGUGCUACACAAAAAGCAGAAGAGAGUGCUACCAGGCUGAAGUCUUAUGACGGAUAUAAUAAUGAUAGUCAAAAGUAUCAAAGUACUCAAAGUAAAAUGCAAGCUGUUAGUGCUACACAAACAGUUUCCAAUGCUUUAAUGAAUGUCAAAAACAAGAAGCAAUAUAACAUUAGAAUACCAUCAGACAAAAAGGGGUGUGAUAUUUACAGUGUCUGUGACCUUGAUGAUGGAACGAUAAUACUAGCUGACUAUGGCAACAGUAAAUUGAAACAUGUGGACAGUUCAACAUACACUGUCACUGACUACUGUGAUGUAUCUGGUUGGCUAUUCCAAGUAUGUAAGAUCAGUAACCAGGAAGUUGCUGUCAGCUGUGGUGAUAGUAAAUACAUUCAGUUUGUUUCACUUGGAAGUAAAAUGGUACCAACCAAACAGAUAAAAACUGACCAUUGGUGUGUUGGUCUAGCUUAUGCUGCUGGACAUUUGUAUAUUUCAGACGAUACAUCAGUAUACAUAUAUACUGUAUCAGGCAGCAAGCUGCAGCAGUUCUACAUCAAGGACGAGUUUGGACUGAGACUGUUCUCCAACACCCGCAGUCUAGCUGUCAGUAACGAUCGUUCCAAGAUUUAUGUUGCUGACUGGAACUAUGGACUGAUCUCACUGGACAGAAAUGGAAAGCUUCUUGGAAAAUAUAAUGGACCAGAGUUGAAACAAGCUAGAGAUGUUUGUAUAACUAAUAAUGGAAGUGUGCUUGUGUGUGGGUCUUGGUCUAAGAAUGUUUUACAGUUUACACCAGACUGUAAGAAGAUAGGGGAAGUAUUGAAAUGUGAUGCUGGAUGCAGUACUGUCUGCUAUGAUCCUAGACAGAGCAAACUUAUUGUUGGUUGUUAUAAAAAGGACAGUAUUGAUGUGUAUGAUGUUGUUUAGCUAGAGUUAAACACCUCAAACAAAAUGAUCCACUUGUCUACUUCAGACAUUAAUCAACAAAUUUCAUUUUUACCAGUAAAGACAGAAACUGUUCUCCGAUACCUAAGAUUGUCCAAGUUGGAAUUCUGGACAGAAAUGGAAAAGUUCUUGGAAACUUUAAUGGACUAAAGUUAAAACAUG